AUGAGUACUUUGGCUACCCGUCCAAUCACCCACUCGCUACACUAUAGCCAAGAGGUUUUGAAUCGUGUUUCAUUCUUGAGAAAAGACCCGAAAUUUAUCGAAGAAGCCUUAGCUCAUGCCGAAACUGUAUUUAUUCCAUUUGACGAGUAUAUGCCGUUCAUCAACGAACGGGAUGGCAUUAUGGUACGUUUGAAUCGCAAGGAAAUCGAUGAGGUGGUUACCGAGAAAAAAUCCACUCGCAAUCUGGUGUUUUUGGGCUUAUCAUUGUCUGCUAAAUCCAACUUUGUCUACAGCGCCAGAUACCGUGGAACUCCUACUUUUGCCGUAAAUGUGUCUGAUAUCAACUCCAAUUCCUCACCAUUGCGGGAAUUGCUCGAGUCGUAUCGCAGACUAGAGUCUUUCAAAGACUUGAAUCGUCUCACUUUGGAAGAAUCGAGCAUCGUUUCUCAGGCCAGAAUGUACCUGCAAUGGCUCGACACCCACAAAUUCUGCUCUAUUUGUGGGUCCAAAACUCUAGCCGUGGACGCUGGAACCAGAUUGCGAUGUUUGAACGCCACUUGUGUCUCCAACCACCGUGUGUCUAAUGUGUGUUUCCCCAGAACCGAUCCUGUGGUUAUCAGCGCAAUCACGAACAGAGACAACACCAAGGUGUUGCUUUGCAGGUCUGGGGCGCCUCGAAACAAAGAGCGGAAGCUCUACAGUUGCGUGAGCGGGUUUGUGGACCCUAGCGAGACUCUUGAGGUCGCUGUUGCUCGGGAAAUCUGGGAGGAGACCGGUCUCAACACCGAUAAAGUGCAAAUUCUGAUGAGCCAGCCGUGGCCUUUCCCUAAUAAUCUCAUGAUUGGUUGUGUGGCCAUCGCUGACGAUAACCAGAUUCCAGAUCUUACUCACGACCGUGAGUUGGACGAAGUGCGCUGGGUUCCAUGUUCCGUUUUGGAAUCCAUCCUCAAACAAGAAGAAUCCUCUACAGGAUUCAUCGAGGACGAGACUACAGGAUUGAACCUGCCUAACAACAAGUCUGUCGCUUACAUGCUGAUGAACUACAUUGUUGGUCAAAGCCGAAGUGGUGCCGCUGGGUCGAACUGA